GAAUUCAGAAGACCAGCUGACUUCUUACUGCCGAUCACCGACUGUCAACAGACAAUUACACACAAUGGGCUCCAGCGACUCACACAACAACCCAGACAACUCACAACACAACUCACACAACAACUCACACAAUGUUAUAGGCUCUGGUAGCAAUAAUCGGAUCUACCUCCGGUCACAAGGCUUCACCAGCAUGGCAUGUCCACCGACCAAAGCCACAAAAGGAAAUGCCAGAAGCUUUUGGUUCAAACAUGGAACCGACAUCGCGCCAAUCACCAGGAUUCAACUCACAUUCAACGAUGAGAUGAGUGUUGGAUUGAUCAAAGCAGGGUACAAAAAGCUCCCUACUCCAUUCAUUCCAGAACCAGGAGCUGAUCCCAUCUAUAUUUGGUUCUUCCAAGGGUCUGGAGAGUAUGAUACUCCCAUAGUGGACCUUGAAGUCACUACAACUGCAGAAGAAGAAGCCCUGAAGUUUCAAGAAGGCUGGGAGAAACUGGCCUGUGAUCUGAACCGCGGGGCUGGAGGGUCCUGGCUCUACAUAUGGGUGAAGAGAGAGAAACCAACCUUCAUCUGCGACGUCGCCGUCACCGAUUCCUUCAAAUCCGGCGAAAAGUAUUUUCAGGAUGGUUGGAUCCGUGUGGAUGUAGAUGCUCACAAGGGUGCGGGAGGUGAACACAUCUUCAUCUGGUACCGUCUGACCACCAAUCCCAAGCGUGCACUCAGCGAUCUGAAAGUCUCCACCACUGAAUGCGAGUUUCAGGCCCUUCAGCAGCAGGAAUACCAGCCAGUGAAUCUAAACUUCAACGAGUUGUGCGGAAGCCCCCCGCUGUACCUGUGGUACAAGAGAGAGGAAUCCGGCAAGCCCAUCAAGGCCAUCACCCUGGUCCUCGACACUGCUGCCGUUCCAGUGUACAAGAAGGCUGGUAUCCCUGUUAUUGAGAAAGAUCUCAACCCGGGCACUAAAGACCACAUUGAGUACCUGUGUUUUAAUCAGUGAAAGCCUGAGAGAGUCUUCUUCAUGGUGGCACAGCUGAGAAUCCCCAACACUCACAAUGUUAAAUCAUUUUGGUGAUGGCGUCUAUAAUGCUUUUUCUCUUUUUCUAUAUAAAACAAUGUGAUUAAUUAUAUUACAGUAAUACUACCGGUGAAAUCAGAAAGUAUCAAUGGUAUAUGGGUUCUACUGUUAAACUCAAUGAAAUCAAACUAUAUCAAAUGGCUGUUCAACACCAAUGUUAAUGAAUGAUUGAAUAUAAAGGCUCUGUAUCACUUUAUUCUGCAUAUUUCCUGCUUCAUCAA